AAGACAGCAACUCAUCAUUUCUGAGUGAUUAAGUCAAUAAACAGAGCUCACGCCGUGGGUUGACAUACAGCCAUUUGACUAAUUUGCAAUUAUGAAGCUUUUUCACUGUGAACACACUGUAAGUUCGGCUCCAGCGCGCAGAUGACCCUGAGAGAGACAGAGGAACCAAAAACCGCCAGGAGACACUGGGACUCGUCACGUGUUGUUUGUCCCUCGCGGAGCCCUGCCUGACUCCUUCGUGAGUUAUAAUCAGACGGCGAAUCACGGGAGCAGCCCACGCUGCCGACGCGCGCCAUGCGAGCGCACCCAGUCCGGCGGUGCCUGGGAUUGGGCGGAGGGAGUGGUGGCUGCGGACGGAGUCACAGGAUUGGUAGAGUUCAGCGCCAAACUUGUUGACUCAUAACUGAGCAGCUCCUCUCCAUCCUUCACGGCGCGGAGCUGUCCACGGCCAGUGGUCCUGAAACUGUCAGAUUCCGACGCGCCGCUGGAACAAAUCAGAUUUUUUUUUUGGUUUGAUUCCUCACUCCUAGAAUUCUAGAGUUAAAUGCGCUCGUAUAACACUUCAAGGCGUUUUUGCUGAGCGUCACUUGACGGAUAUCUAUCCGAUCUCACCGCGCGUUCAAAGGGCGCACCUAGCCUUCAACUUCUCUGAAAAAGUAGAGGAAUCUCCGCGGCACAGCCAUGGCUUUCAUGGUGAAACACAUGGUGGGAGGACAGCUGAAGAACCUGACAGGCGGACUGACGGAGGAAAAACCUGAAGCUGAGAAAACAGACGCGGCGGCAGGGAUGACUCAAGAGGAAUUCGAACAGUAUCAGCAACAGUUAGAGGAGGAAAAACAGGAACGAGAAGCCGAUUUUGCCCAGAAGAAAGCUGAGAGAGCCACAGUGAGAAGUCACUUCCGGGAUAAGUACAGACUACCAAAGAAUGAGCUGGAUGAGACCCAGAUCCAGCAGGCGGGGGACGACGUGGUGUUGCCCACAGAGCUGGCCAAGAUGAUCGCUGAGGAUGGCCAGGAGGAGGCGCACAAGCAGUCGGUGCUGGGCCAGCUGUCCAACAUCCAGAAUCUAGACGUCGACCAGCUUAAAGACAAAGCUCAGGCCACACUGGAAGACCUCAAAAAGCAAACGGAGAAUUGCAGCCUCAUGUGAUCUCCCUGGAGAUUAGAGUUUCACUUGUACAAAUAUUUUUCAAAGGCAGAGCUGCUCGGGGGUAAAAAAUAUUCUCACUGCUUGGGUGGAAUCUCAGUUGGCAGAGCCGCAUAAUUACAGUUUUCGUAGCUGUGCAAAGUUAGACAGAGGCAAUGCAGAAAAGAGAGUAAAAGAUUGGAGCGCUGAUAAUGAAAUCGAGGGCAAUUCUUACAAACUGGAACAAAGAGUUGCAGCUUUCCAGGAGACCUUCAGAUAUUCUAGAAAUCAUGAAUGUCAUUCAUAUUUUUCAUUGAAAUGAGCUACCUUACACUCUGAAAAACUGUGGUCCUUUGGCUCCCCCCAUUGAGAUUAAAGCAAUGAGAUUACUUUUGCCCUCAGAGCAGCUCCUCCUCUAAGAAAUAUUCCUGUUUUUCCUUCACUUUCCUCCUUCUCUGUACCUUGCCUAACCAGUGAUAACACAGUGAUUCUGCAGCAGAGGUCUCAGGUGUGUGUGCGUGUGUGUGUGAAGUUUUUCACUGCUUCCAAACACACAGCAGAUGAUUUCACUGAUACACAAAUGCACAUUAUCACUGAGAUCAGCUGUUUGGUUGGAAUCAAAACAUUCACAUACACAAACAUGGGAGUGACACUGGCUCGUGUCAGGAGGGCAUACAUGUGCCAUGUGGAAUUUGAGAUAUUUGGACAUUCAUUUCAGGAAAAAAACAACAAAAGAGCUUGUUUGUGAAGGUGUUUAAAUUCCAUGUAUGAAAGCACAAAAUCCUAAAAAAGUGCAAUAAUCUUAUGAGACAGAUUUUUGUCAGAAGUAGCUUACUGAUGUUGACCACCUGGUGCCCUGAUGAACACUCCUAUGUGCUGCAUUAGUCUUAGUUUCAAUCUUUUCUUAUAAAUAUCAUUACAAAAGCUUUUUUUCUUUAGCUUUACCCAUACUUCUGUGUGCCUUGUUUUUUGUCUGGAUCUAAGACAUUUGUAAGCUACUUUUACAAAGAUUCUGUCGUUUUUGUUUGCUUUGGCAGACGAUAUCUCUCUUUCAGUUUUACUAAAAGCAACGAACAAUGUGUUAGACAGGAGGAAUUAUGUUUUACCUUUGGGAAGGGUGGAUUUAAUACAUUUUGUAUGUUAUGGAAGCUCUAAGUAGACAUACGUUUGUACAUUUUUUAUUCAAUUUUCCUGAGUUAAUUUUGGUUGUUUUUUCUCAAGAUCUCUACCUACUGUCAGGUGAUCAUAACUCUUAUCCCCAGAGUUCCAAAAGCACAAAACAAACAUAGAAACACACUUUACUUACCACAGUGACCAGCCUGUUAUUUGUUUCCUAGAUUGCCACAAGAAAACAAGCUUUUUUAUCUGAAGAUAAUGAGACAAAUGGAUCUGGUACAACAGGAAAAGCAGCGUUGUUAUCCAGGGAUUAUGAGACAAACAAUCGGAGAUCUCGAGAAAAUAACCAUAACUAACUCGUUAUCAUGAGGAAACUGCGUAAAGAAAAUGUAUUGAUGCCAUUCUGCUUUGGGCUUCCAUAGUUAAACGUGUGCAAUAACUGUGCUCCAAACUUUAAAUUGGGAUUGGGAGCAUAUCUGUGGCUUAGGCUGCAUCCAGAUGUAAAAAAUUACCUUAGAAGCUGCUCAGAUGAGAGAAAUGUGAAUGCUUUAGAACUCGUAUGCCAAAGCCUUUGUUGAAAAACGAAAACCUACAAAAAGAAAAAGGCACAAGUAUGUUUAAGCGUGUAACUGCAGUGUGAGUAUAAGUCCACAUUGUGUUGAAUAGGAUGUCAAUGUACCUGCUGUUUGGCUGUGCUGUCAUCAGCAGCUCAUCUGUUUUCAUGAACUCGCUGCGUCUUCAAGUGUCGUCGACCAUCACAUGACCUCUGACCUCUCCUCCAUCUCAUUCAUCCCUGCGUCUCAGUGGUGCUGUUUUGUGCUGGUGGAGUCGUGUUGCUUAGCUGGUGUGAUAUUUCUAGUGGUGUCUCUGUGAAAAAAAAGUAAUAUUAAUAACAAUCUUAUACUGUGGCUGAGCGUGCUGGUCAUAUAGAGUGACAGCACACAGUCACUGUGUGCUGACUGUGUAUUCUGUCCAUGUUGCUCUCAAGCCAAGCACAAGUGAAGGAAUCAAGAGGGGAUGUUGUUGAUGUUGUGUUGAAUCAUAUUCGCUACAUUUUGCCAGUGUUUGAAUUUCAGUAGCCGUGGUGCUGAAAGUGAAGUCAGCUUCUCAUCUCCUAUCUGUCCCCUCUUUGAUUCAUGUAAUGGUCCACUGCCAAAACCCAAUUUUUCUUUGACCUCUCUGUUUGUAAAGUCUUAAUUUCACAUGAACACAGUUGAUUUCGGGGAAAUGAGGGAACGAAGAUUAGAGUGUUUUCUUUAGUUUUGUGUGCCAAACUACUGCUGAAUGAAUAUUGAGGCAACAGCUAAAUAUUUUCAGUGCAGUGAUCGUCAUGUGAUAGAUAAACUGUAUCGUUAUAACAUUUCAAUAAUAUAAAGCAGAGGAAAAGUUGCAAUAAGGCCUUUAUAAUAGAGGUCAUAAAAUCUGUCAUGUCUGAUGAUGAGAGAAUAUAAAUGGGUGGAAUAGAAGCCAUAAUGUAAACUGUUUUUCAUGUAUGAGUGUAUACAACUCCAACAAUAAUUCAAUAACUCAAUAAUUAUUCUAAUAAUAUUAUUAAUAAAAAAUGUAUCUUUUUGUGUUGUCAUCCGUGACACGCAGUACUCCAAGUUCUUUGUUUGUUGGUUUUGUUUGUUUUGUCUUACAGUCUUUGAAAUAUUCUGUCUCUGAAAGUAUUUCAGUGAUUUUUUCAGUUGUUAUUGCAAUAAACUGAUUUU